GGGGAUCAUGUCUCUGCCGAUAUACUUCAAUAUUCAUAGGUGAGUAUUAAGUUUAUGUAUAACGCUUCAAUAGCAUCUCUACUAAUUAAAUUGAACCUUAAAAUCAUGGGCGCCCACGAGAGGGCUGGGCUAGUUUUACCGGCCCACAGUUAUCUAGAACACCAAGAAAGUUAAAAAAUAAAGUAAUGCAAAUGGAUGAAAUUUUUCUAAACAAAACCUUGCUUACACUACAUUUGCUAUGAUAAAUCAUCAAACGUGAAGUUUGUGAUAGGAAAGACUUUAGAAGUUGCACACUGGUUAGAAACAUGGAUUAAAAAGGAAGCUUGGACAGUAGUAUCUCAUGCUGCACACAACCAAAGUCUUUAGUUAGAUCGAAGAAGAGACUGUGAGCCUCAUUAUGACUACCUCCAAAAGUUUCCUGCAUAUUCGUCACCGAAUAUUAGAAUUUGAAUUGGUCUACAGAGAACUCCUCCAUUGCCCUCUACUGGAACAAUUUGUCGCUCAACACGGGUUUCCUCCCUAAUAACGUCAUUGAGCAACUCCACUCCAAGAUCAGAUAUGUCACCAGAGACUAUCUACUACCUACGGAAAAUCUCAACAUCCAUAGCCAAGCGAAAAGGUUCUCUUGGGACGGGAUUCGAACCCAUACAGCGCACGCCUACUAAUCAGGAGACCGAAAGAGUCUACUCUACCACUGCGGACACCGCUGCUGUCUGA